UCUCUCUUUCUCACACACACACACACACACACACACACACACACACACACACACACACACACACACACACACACACACACACACACACACACACACACACACACACACUCUCACACACAGUGACACACAUUCACACAGACACACAGAAGGACCUGAGGGGCAGCAUGGGGCUCAGGAGGUAGAGUUGGUUAGCUGGUAACAAGGUUGCUGGUUCGAUCCCCUAGCUCCCCCAUGCUCCUCCCUCGAGUGUCGAGGUGUCCCUGAGCACGACACCUCACCCUGACUGCUCCCGACGAGCUGGCUGUCGCCCUGCCUGGUUGACUCUGCCGUCUGUGUGUAAAUGUGUGCAUGAAUAAGUGAAUGUUAGGCAGUAUUGUAAAGCACUUUAAGUGGCCACUGGUUAGAAAAGCGCUGUGGAAAUGCAGUCCAUCUACCAUUUAUGAUGUCAUGCAAUCUGAACAGCUUUAACACAUAUUUGUCCUACUUAUGGAACUGGGUCAUUUUGGAACAUGAAUCAGUAUGUUUUUCACAUAGUUUAUUUUAUUACACUUUGCAAUCACAUUAGUGUGCUGUUGCAAUGCAUUUACACUAUCUGACAACAUGUGUACUGUACUUCAUAUACAAUAACCUUAUCAAACAGCAUGUAGCCUAAGUAUACAGUGUGGUUCAGAUGGGGGGAUAACAAUAGCUGAAAAGCAAGUUUCAUAGGGUAGAGUUAGGCUUACGUUCUAUAACAUCAUGAGGGCCACCUCUGCAACAUCUGGUCCCCUGGGGGGUGGGGUGGCAGGAGAUUAGGAGCAAAUUAAGUUAAUUGGGCAACACCUGUUGACUGACUGCUCCUCUGCUAUUCCAGCAGAGAACAAGCCUCUAACUGGUCUAAUCUCUGGUGGAAUCCAUCAUCACUUGCAACAUUACAUCCUGGUACGGCUUCCUCACAAACGCAAGCAAAAGCAGACUUAAUAGAUUAACUAAGCAAGCAAGCAAGCUAAUAGGAAUACACCAGAAAGCGCUGGAGGAUCUGUAUAUCCAGGCAGUGGGAAGGAAGACCAACUCCAUCCUCUUAGAUCCCUCCCACCCACUCCAUCCUUGUUUGGAUCUACUUCCUUCUGGCAGAAGAUUCAGAAUGCCUUUGGCCAGGAAAGCUAUCUACAAAAAAUCAUUCAUCCCCAUAGCUAUACACACACAGAACACUCAUUCCUCAAAGAACUCACACAAAUAACACACACACACACACACACACACACACACACACACACACACACACACACACACACACACACACACACCUCCAAGCCUUCAGUCAAAAGACAAUUUUCUAGUAUGGCAACAUACUAGACAAUAAAGCUUUUUGAAUCUUGAAUCUUGAAUCUUUGAAUCUUGAACUGUCUCACCCUAUGGUCUCUCUUAACAAGGGUGACUGUUGGAUUCUCUCUCUCUCUGCCUCUCUCUGUCUCUGUGUCAGUCCAUUCAGCAAUGCAAACCACUGAUACUACAGACUUGCAGCUCAUUCUGACAAUUAGAUAUUUUAUGUUAUUGGCCUGUGUAUAAAAUGUAGCACUGUUUUUUUGUGUGUGUGUUAUAUCACAUGUUGUAUUCAAUGAGACCAACCAAUAAGCCGGGUUCUAUCCUAUGUCAAGUACUGCUGCUACAGGUAGUAACAUGCCUUAUUACAUCUGUAUUAACAGCUUAAUCAGGAACAUUUAAACUGCUUCAAUUUUUUUAGUUUUGUUUUUUCAGUCACCAUGAUGCCAGUCACAGUACAGCAGUGGUUAAUAAGACAUUUGCUAUUUUAUGACAUAUUUUUAUUUAUUAUUAUUUAUUAUUUUUAUUUUUACUUGAUGCAAAUCCGAACAUUAUGUCCUAUGGCCUAAUACCAGGGUGUGCUGUCCUUUAUGACAGACGAUCCUGGAGAAAGCCACCAGCCACACCAAGAGCCUGCUGCAGAAGAGUGAGGAGCGGGCCAGGGCCCUGGAGAAGGAGGUGAAUGGCUUACAGUGGGAGAUAACGUCCAAUCAAGUGCAGAUAAAGAAAUGUGAACAGUCAUGGGAGCAGAAGUUCAACAGAAUGAACAGUGAAAACCAGGCACUGACUAGUAGUCUGGAGGAAAGGCUGAAGGAGAGCCGAGAGCUGAAGGCUGAAAACACAGGGUUGAGUCAACAGUGCAUGGAGCUUCUCUCCAUGCUGAGCGUUAGAGAGCAGAAGGCCUACGAAAGCACCAAGCCUCCGUGUGGCCAUGGGAGAGAUGGCACCCUCCUUGAGUUGGCGGUGCUAGGGGCCUGCCGCUGUCCCGGGGUCAUGGAGUCCUGUCCUUGUGCCAAGACCGCUGCUGCUAGCAGGACACAACUCCUGCAGCUCAGACAGGAGCUGGACCUCCUGGUGAGGAGCAGGGAGGAGGCCCUCCUGAUGGCGGAUGCUUUCCGCAUCGCUUUUGAACAGCAGCUGAGGAAGCGGAGCGACUGCCUCCUGCUUCAGGCCGAGGCGCGCACGCCCAAGUCCCACCCUAGGGAGAGACAGGGUGCAAACAGAACUCUGGUUGGUGUGGCUCAAAGACUAAGAGCCAUUCUUCCCUCGGGCCUGGAAGCCAAAGCAUCACUUGAACACACCGAUACCCUGCAAAAACUCCUGGACUUGCUGAAUGACAAGGAGGAGGCUCUUGCUCACCAGAGGAAGGUGAGCCACAUGCUGGCCCACAACGCGAAAGAGCUGCAGAAACAGUUACCUGUUGAAGCUACGUGGCCAUUAGACUCGCGGACCAUUGUAACUCUACCCCCCAGUCCUUGAGGAAGUCACAGUUCAAGACAAGCUCACUGCUAAGUCCAUCAGGUUCAAAGAAUAAGCGAUACCAGUUACAUAACUCUACUGUUCCUCCAAAGGGAACGCAAGACACUCCGAACCCAAAAGAGGUGUCAUUAGACGGUGCAGCCCACUAAGAUCCCGACCGGAGAACCCCCAGCCAGAAAAACUCCCAAAGGAGAACCCCCAGAGACAAAGACCCCCAGAGGAGAACCAGCUAACACAAAGACCCCCACAGGAGAACCACCAGACCCAAAGACCCCCACAGGAGAACCACCAGACCCAAAGACCCCCACAGGGGAACCAUCAUACCCAACGACCCCCACAGGAGAACCACCGGACACACUCCGCCAGACCAGCCACCAGAGCCCGAAGAGCCACUAGAUUCCAAGAACCUGCCAGAUGAACUAGCAGGAACUUAUACCCUUUUAAUGCAACCACCAGACAUUGAGGGACCACCAGAUGCCAACACUCAGUUACCAGAAUCAAGGGAAACCAGCAGCCACAAGAUCUACCUGACACCAAGACCCUGAGGACUAUUAGAUGUGAAAACCCAUCCACAAGAACCACCACACACACCAAGACCCAUCCAUAGGAACCACUAGACAGCAACAACCUUCCAUAGGGUCCACCAGACACCAACACCCAUCCAUAGGGUCCACCAGACACCAACACCCAUCCAUAGGGUCCACCAGACACCAACACCCAUCCAUAGGGUCCACCAGACACCAACACCCAUCCAUAGGGUCCACCAGACACCAAUAUACCCAUCCAUAGGGUCCACCAGACACCAAUAUACCCAUCCAUGGGGUCCACCAGACACCAAUAUACCCAUCCAUUGGGUCCACCAGACACCAAUACCCAUUCAUAGGGUCCAGCAGAUUUGAAAUACCUGUCCUUGGUAACUACCAGAUGCCAGGACCUAGCCACCAGGACCACAAGAUACCCUACACCAACACAAACAAUCAUGGCACAAACCAGACCAAAAAUCUUAGGCCAUAGGAAGGAUAUUUGGUAAUUCAAUAAUAAUAAUAAAGGCAUUGAUCAUUCAAUGGCUUGUUUUCAUUUUUAACCCUUAUCUUACCGGAGCCCAUUGAGACCAGGGUUUUUUGUUGUUUUGUUAUAGUGCUCUGGGAACAGCGUAGCAAUCCGUUUUGCCAUGGUUACAAUACGUCAAUUAUAAAUAUCUGUAUCUCUGUACUGUGUCUUCCAUUAGUCUCUGGACGACAUUGGGAGCUUAUCAGGGUGACACUUUGAGAAGGGUUAACAGUCGUCUUUUUAAAUUAAACUAAUUGUUACUAAUAUAAUGUAAAUGUUAUUACUUUAGCAUGAAUACUAAUCUCUUGUUAUUCACGAUUUGUAUAUUUAUUGGGGAUCUGAUUUGAUGAUUGUGGAGUAGUUAUAACUUUAUUUAUGCGAUUCUUAAGAUAGAAGUGUAAGAGUUAAAUUGAGGUUAAAUGUAUUCAUCGUCUUAAUCAAAUAUUUGCAUUGAGUAAAGUCAACAGCACUGAAACAAUAAAAGACAUCCUGUAAAACAGGAUUUGGUGCUUCUGACUAUGUAAUUUGAUUAAUUGCCACACACUACUACUAUGAAUGAGCAGAAUGAAAUGUGUGCCUGACAUGAUAAUGUUUCAUGCAAAAAUGUCACAAUGUUGUAAAAACAACUAUACUAGCUUCUCAUUCAUACACCAGGGGGCAGUGUGGGUAAACAAACGCAGCACUACCGUCCAUGAAGUGGUGUUUAUUGAAUUUGUAUGUUUCUCA